AUGCUCUUCAUCUUUGCUAAUAUGCCAACUCCCGGAGGGGUGAACGAAACUUACGAGAAUAUUCUCCUACGGAUCGACAAGGCCGACGUCGAUUUUCUCCGCAGAACUCUACUGUGGCUCACCUUCGCGGUUACCCCUUUGACGCUUCUGGAACUUCGUGAAGCAGUGGCAAUGGAAGACGACAUGACAACGUACGAGCAGCUUGAAGAUUCUCGUCUAUUAAGACCUGAGGAUAUUCUGGCCAUCGGAGGAUGUCUCCUCUCUGUUUCCGAUGAAGGCUAUGUCAAACUGGCACACUUGUCAGUGAAGAGCUAUCUUCUCUCCACAGAUCUUAAGAAUCACACGGCACUAUCCAGGUUCGGCAUGGACCUUGCGGGUGCCAAAGACGAGCUGGCCAAAGUCUCUCUGAGAUAUAUGUGCUUGGACAGCCUCGCUAGCGGCCCAGCUUCGACCCUGCAAGACUGGGAGAAACGCCUUGGGUGUCACCCUCUCUUGCAUCACGCUUCCAGGUCAUGGUCAUACUACUAUCGGGCAGCGAGCCCCCGUCCACAGCUGAGCGAGCAGGUCUCUGCUUUCUUCGACGAUAGGUCUCGGGGCUCUUUCAUGUCCUGGGUCCAGAUGCUGAGUUCGAAUUGGAUCUUCAAGUGGGACGAGUACCCCCGCCAUGCUACGCCUCUCUACUAUGCAGCCUGGUUUGGUCUUGGGGAUGUGGUAGCUCACUUGCUUACCAGCGGAGUUGAUAUCAAUGCUCCCGGAAGUCGAUUUGGCGGCACCGCCCUGCAUGGAGCCACGUUACGAGAGCAUCCGCGAGUCAUGGAAGCCCUACUCGCCACGGCAGCGGACCCUUCCCAGGCAGAUUUCAACCACGUCGCUCCGCUUCAUACAGCUGCCCGGAUCGGUAACCCCGAAGUGAUCAGGCUGCUGCUGGACUACGGGGCUUCGAAAGACAAAGCCGACAGCCUGGGUGAGACACCGUUGGACUGGGCCAAGAAAGCCGGCCAGCAACUAUCACUAAAAUUGAUCGAAGGGAGCGAUGUGACCACGCCCUCCAGACCCCCGAAAACGGAUGGUCAAAAGGCUGUUCUUGUGUCGGCUGUGUCUGUCCCGACAAACGCGAUGCCCAAAAAUGCGAUGGCCAACAAUGCGAUAGCCAACAAUGCGAUGGCCAACAAUGCGAUGGCCAACAAUGCGAUGGCCAACAAUGCGAUGCCCAGAAAUGCUAUGGCCGAAAAUGCGAAAAGAAGAAAGGACAACUGGAGAAAGUCUACGACCAUGGGAAGGCCGGCGUCAUUUGGGUAA